AUGGGAAGUGUGAGAGCCCAUCGGUACAGCAUAGUUUCCUCAGAGGAAGGCGGAAUGAAGCUAUCCCCCAUCGCCAUGCAAAAUGGCUACGGCAAUGGAAAUGUGGCUGGCAAAGUGCACACGCCAUAUAAAAUGCAAUGCCGCUUUGUCAACAAGGACGGACACUGCAAUGUGCAGUUCAUCAACAUGAGUGAGAAAGGUCAGCGCUACCUAGCUGACAUCUUCACGACGUGUGUUGACAUUCGCUGGCGUUGGAUGGUGAUCAUCUUCUGCCUCUCCUUCCUAUUGUCCUGGCUUCUUUUUGGAUUUAUAUUCUGGCUUGUUGCACUUUUUUCUGGGGACUUGGAGAAUCAGGAACAGAUAUGUAUUUCGAAUGUUGACAGCUUCACGGCAGCCUUCCUGUUUUCCGUUGAAACGCAAACGACUAUUGGCUACGGUUACCGCUAUGUGACGGAGGACUGCCCCGUUGCUGUCUUCAUGGUGGUGUUCCAAAGCAUUGUAGGAUGCAUCAUUGAUGCUUUCAUCAUUGGUGCAGUCAUGGCUAAGAUGGCCAAGCCCAAGAAACGAAACGAAACCCUUGUGUUCAGUCACUAUGCCACAAUUGCCAUGAGGGACGGUAAACUGUGCUUGAUGUGGAGGGUCGGGAACCUACGGAAGAGCCACCUGGUGGAAGCUCACGUUCGAGCCCAGCUUCUCAAAUCUCGCACCACCGCUGAAGGCGAAUUCAUUCUGCUGGAUCAGAUAGACAUUGACAUUGGAUUUGACACCGGUAUUGACCGUCUAUUUUUAGUGUCCCCCAUUACCAUUGUCCACGAGAUUGACGAGGACAGUCCAUUCUAUGAAAUGAGCAAACAGGAACUGGAAAGUUCGGAGCUGGAAAUAGUUGUCAUUUUAGAGGGCAUGGUGGAAGCUACGGCCAUGACCACUCAGUGUCGCAGCUCUUACGUGACGAGUGAAAUCUUGUGGGGGCAUCGGUUUGAGCCGGUUCUUUUUGAGGAGAAAAAUCACUACAAAGUGGACUACUCGCAGUUUGAGAACACCUAUGAGGUUCCUAGCACUCCACAAUGUAGUGCCAGAGAUUUGGCCGAAAAGAAGUACAGUAUAUCUACUUCAAACUCUUUUUGUUAUGAGAAUGAAGUAGCCUUCAUGGAUAAAGAAGAAACCGAGGAUGAUGAUGAAGAAGAGGAAGAGGAGCAGGAACAACAGAGUGUGGCCUUGGAGGGAUCCAAUGUUGAUGUGGUCACAAACACGGUUUCCAGUCAGGAUACUUUACCUCUACAACUAAAACUGCAACUCGGAGAACCUGAAAUAUGACAGACAGAUAUGGAGUAUGGAUUUUUAAAAGGGUGAAGAAGACUUUGGUCUUGGCCUUGGAGAAGCCUGUCUUGUUCUAGCAUUGACAUUGGUUUUUAAAGGAGCCAAGUCACAAAUUGAAAACCUUGGUUCAGGAUAAUAGCCUGUUAAUGAGCUGGUCUCUUAACAACUUUGUAUUUCAUUCUCCUCUUUCUAUAUAUAUAUACAGUACUGUACAACAGUCACCCAAGAAGGUAUUUCUAUUUAUAUGGAUGCUGACAUUGAAUAAUAUUAGAAUAGACCAAAACAUUAACACAAUACACAUAACACAAAUUCAUUGGGUCUUCCAAUGAUUUCACAUUGAUAUCUUGUAAGAUGUUUAGAGGAACAUUUACAUACAGUAUUUCUAGACAUGACAUCCAGAUAAAUAGCUUCAAGCACAUAUUUGAACAUAUAUAUGUAUAUAA